AUGCCCAAAGCAGGUGGCAAGAAAACCAGAUUUGUUAGCGUUUCAUUCGAUCCUGCGACACAAGUCAUGGUUCAGGCUGGCCAUGGUUACCGCAGACAACAGUACAGCCGGGACGUUACUGUUGGAGGGGCUUUCCAGUCUCAGUUUGCGCCCCAUAGCAAGAACUCUAGCAAGUUUCGCUUCUUCAUAACCCCUCAACCGGAAAUUAUGCAGCCAGAAGCGCCACCACCGUCACGUCAACCGUGUCUAUCCCCACCGUCCUUACCGCCGUCUCCACCACCGUCCUUACCGCCGUCUCCAUCACCGUCUCCACCACCGCCUCCACCGCCGUCUCCAUUGCCGUCUCCAUCGCCAUCCUUAACACCAUCCCCACCACAACUAUCCUUGCAACCCCAGACACCACUUCCUGAGUCGUUUUCGCCCCUGGUAUUUUCACCCCAGCUGGAGUCAGUCAGAAAAGUGCCAGACCAUGAGGAAGAAUUGUCUUCGAUAGUGGCACAACUGAGUCAAGGACUUGAACUGAACGUCCUGAUUCAACUCGCCAAUUUGCAGUGGGACUCGACGCAUUCAGAGAUGUGGGGUCGUUACGUAGAUAUUUUAGAACUAGAAAAAAGCUAG